UCACGCACCGUCACCAUGUAUCGCCGCGGCGAUCCACGCUGGAACCGCACCAUACAGAACAUCACCGACACUGUCGAGCACGCCAAUGAAUCCGCGCAAGAGGGCCUCUAUUCAUUCACACAUUCAUAUGUCAAUCCCUGUUUCCAAUCCUUUACGCAGUGCGUAAACACAUGCACAGCGCCCUGCUUUCCUUCACAGAACGAUCGCAGGCGGCAUCGCGCGCGGUCGCGCGGCAGAGCAGAGCUUAGUUUCGACUUCUACGACGAUUGGGAAGAGGACGAAACAGAUGGUCUCCUAGGUUGGGGGAACGAUAAUUUGGAUAGGCUCUGGGGGAAUUCCGGUGGUGCCAGCAACCACCACAACAACUAUGGCGCAGUGUCGCAGCCGGGCCGGCAGAAUGCCAUGAAUUAUGGGAAUCGAAACCGCGACAACCGGUUCAAUGCUUCGCGCAGGAAAAGCGCUGUGCAACCACACGACGGUGGACCCGAUCCAACUAUCAUUCCUAGCAGCUCGUACUUUGGAUUCCUGGGUCGGUUACCGUUUAAGGUUGGAGGAAAGGUCCUCAGAUAUAAACCCUCGGCCGCGGAUUUAACGGAACACCCUGGAUUAUCGCGGCGAAGUGCGGAGGAAUCCAGAGAAGAGUCCCAACCGUUGAUCGAGGAUAGCGAUGAAGAAGGGGAAGAGCAAGGCAGCGAGAGGAAGGUUCACGGGAGAAAGCGCAGCCAGACCAGCGCUUCGGGACACACGACAGAUUCACUCAGCUCGAGAGGCGACAUUUUUCCGAGCGAAGACGAAUUGGAUGAUGCGGUGCCACUGGAUGACGAGUUCGCAAUCACUCUCGAGCGCAGAACAACCAGAGAAUGGCACGACGACACAAGUAGCGGGAAAAGCAAAAAGAGAUCGGGCAGCAAAAGCAGCAAACGACCUACAGUAUCACGCAUGUCUACAAAGUCCCACGAGUCGAGCAGAAAGAGUCUGGACCACAGCACGAUGCAGCGCACACAAUCCGAACCCAUCGAAGAAAUACCAACGCUCUCGGACCUAAAGCGAGAAGAAGAGCGCUUGAAGCUGGAAGAAGAAGCGGAGGUCGAGCGCCGGCGGCACGAAGCGCAGCAACUCGCGAUGAGGCGUGGUCUACUGCCAGAACACCAUCUACAAAUCCCAGGUCGCAAUCCAUCCCCAACCAUACAAUCCCCUCGAAGCCGCUCAUCCCGCAGUCCGUCGCCUAGGUCUGCCGAACCUCCAACGGCAUCCCUUGCUCCUCUACGCGCGGAUGCCGCUUCAGACCUCAAAUCCCCAUCGAUCCGAUCAGUCUCCCCAGGAGUCGACGCGCAAACCAUGCCGGAUAGCAGCUCCUUCCACGUCGACGACUCGGAUUACUCGAGUCUAGCACCAACUCCGAAUAGACCGCUGUCUUUGAGAAACGAACCGCGUGAGGUCCAGAGGGACCUUGAGGAUUCGAAUUUUGUGCCGGCUAGAUUACCUCACUUUGGGUCUUGA